GUCUGUCGACAUGCAUACGAGGUUUUGAAAGUUAUGAUGACUGUCCAGGUGGCGCUGUUUGUAGUCAUUCUUGGUUUAGUUGAAGGGCUGAGAGUGAAACGAGAUUUGUUCCAGCUAGCCGAGAUGAUAGUAGAUACCACAGGAAGAGAUCCACUCAACUUCAAUGGAUAUGGAUGUUACUGUGGAUGGGGAGGUAGUGGAACCCCUGUGGAUAAAGAUGACAGAUGCUGUCAACAACAUGAUGACUGCUACGGUCAAGUAACAACAGACCUUCCGGACUGCUCACCAAAAUGGAACCACUACAAAUGGAACAUCAUGGAUAAAACAGUUGAUUGUCUUGAUCAAACGAAAAAGGUCAAAAGUAAAAGCACAUCUAUUUUAUUCAAGCGCAAUGAAAACUGUCCAAGACGAAUCUGUGAAUGUGAUAAAGCUCUAGUGGAAUGUUUAUACAAAAAUCAAUAUCACAAUGAAAACUACAAACUUGACAAAGGACUAAAAUGUAAAACUGCGGACAAAAAAGGUCAAAUGUAAUUUAGAAUCAAUUAAAAUGGGAGAUGAACAGACAUCAGUAUCAUAUCACACCAAUCUGCAGAUGAAGAUCUUCUCUCAAAUGAUGGUGCUCAUUACGCUUGACAUUGGUUUUCAUUCAAAACAUUGGUUUUGGAAGACAUUGGAAUUUACAUCGACACUCUAGAGCUUAGUUCUAUCUUAAAUAUUUCAUUUUCGAUAAACCAAAUGAAUUGCACUUUUUUUUAAAUUUCAUUCUAUUUAAGGGGUUGGGGAGAGGACGAUACGGUAUUUUGGCCACGGUGUACCUACAGAACGUGCCAAUGCUAAAAUCGUUGCUCUUUUGUCGAUAAGUCUUUAAUGUCAUUUGUAUCUCUCAUAUACUGUAAGAAUAAACUACUCUAUGGAUUUGUA